GUAUCACACUGUUGGACAGUGCGGCUCUUAGAAAGAACGUGGAUAUGCAAAAACAAUACAAGACUGAAUUUCAGGUAAUUGCAUCUGACACCAUUGCGGCUAAGGCCUCUGCACUCCAGGCUGGUGAAUCGCUGAAGGCCAGUUUCCUGUGUGGUUUAGUUGAAAUGAAUGGAUCUGCUGUAUAUUUAAGUGACACCAGGAAAUCCAGACAUCAGGCCCGAGUGACUCUCCAAUACAAAAUGACAACGAGGUCUGAGCAUCUGACAAUGAACUAUUUAGGACAGCAGGUCUCUUAUCCUGCUGUAUUCGACCAAGGCAAAGCAACCCAUGUGGUCACGGCUGUGUUGUACGGGGCUCAGGCUUUCUUUGUGUUUGAUCGGGAAGUUUCUUCACCUGAGAGCAUAGAAGAGAUACAGGGAAAGAUGAAACUUACGAUAGAAAAAAUACCAAAGAUUUCAGAAGAAGAUGGAGAGUCCAAAAUGGAGGAUAAGGAAAUAGAAAAGACUGAAAAAAUCACUUGUACGUUCUAUGGUGACUUUGGUCUUGAGAACAAUCCAGUUACUUAUCAAGAUGCCAUAAAAGUUUAUUCCACCCUCUCUAAGUUGCUGGGAGCCAAUGGGGAGAAGGCCGUACCAGUGACAGUCUGGCUGUAUCCACUAAUCAAGCAAGAUUCCAGAAGCACUCAGCUGAUACGUGAGAUCAGCGUAAUGCUGAUUUCUAAUGUUGAAGCUGUCAUGGAGCACCUCACAGAGUUGGACAUGCGAUGCAAUGACAUGAUGAAGGACAGAACUGCCACAACUUUCCCUGAAAUCAAGAGGAAAGUUCAGCAAUUCCAAGCGCUGUGUAAUCAGUACAGACAGGCUUUCCAGCAACAGCUAUCAGAACUCAUACCCUGUAUCCGUGGAGGAGGAGCAGAGGAAGGGGCCCUGGUGGACAUUUUAAGCAGCAAAGAACAAUCACCAUUCAAUACACAGAGACUCAAUGAAUAUCUGGAUACAAAGGAGCGAGAGAUGAAUUUAGUGGAUUCCUACCUUAGUGUGCUACAGAAUGUGGAAGUCGUAUCCUCCGAGAGUGAACUAGAAAAAAUAGUACUCAGCCUUAAGCAUGAUUCUGUUGUGUCUUUCACACUCACUUCAAUACACAACAAAGAACCAUAUUUAUCAGAUUUGAACUUUUGGCUUCAAAGACAGUUUCUGGAGAAAAUUCAAGAAUCAGCACCAGCCAGUUCUCCUGAUGAGAAAUCAAACUCCAAACAGUGGUUUGUGGAUGAAGAGAUAAGAAGAAAAGCACGAAAAUUCGCAAAGUCCUUCUUAGACUUUACUAAUGUCAAUAAAUCUCAAGCAAAGACCCGGUUCAUUGUGGCCUCCGUUCCAGAUGAGGACCAUCCAGGAGCUUCGAUUUACCUGUAUGCAGAUGGAGAGCUGGUCAGCCCCAAUUUUGAGCCUCCAUCAAAGCCUCUUCCUGCCCUGAUUGAUGGAAUCAGACAUGACCGUGUGCAGCUCACGUUUAACCCAGCAGCCUAUGGCAGGGCUGCGAUAUCCGGCUAUUGGGCAGAGUACAGAAUUGUAGGGCAGGAGAACUGGACGGCUGUGGAUGUAAAUAACACACAAGUGACAUUUACAGUAACAGGGCUACGUCCAAACACCGAGUACCAGUUCCGAUACGCUGCAGUGAGCAAACCAGGGCUCAGCGAGAGCAGCGACGUGAGUGAUCCUGUGAAGACGCUCCCUCCUACCAGCCCUCCUGCAAAGCCUAGAAAAACUAUUGUAGGUUCAUCAGCCAUCACCCUCACCUGGCAGAGUCCACAUGUCACUGGAGAUGGAGUCAGUAUAAGGGAGUAUAAGGUGGAAUACAAAGAGAAGACAGGAGAUACGAGUCAGGAGGGGAAAGACAAAUGGCUGGAACGAAGGACAGGAGAGAGAACAGAGUCCUGUAACAUUGAUGGACUGAGCCCUGAGAUGCCCUACAGGUUCCGAGUGUCGGCUGUGUGUGUGGACAGAGCUGUGAGUGACCCAAGCAAGGAGACUUCUAUCUCAACGCUAAAGAAAG